CGAAAACGCGCGCCAUAACAGAUGCACUGGCGGAAAUUACGUCACAAAUCACCCGGAAGUUUAAAGGCGAGGUCAUCGGCGUUUGGACGCCAUUGUUGCAGAGUUGCUGAGAAAUCCAGAUAGCAGAAUGGGCCGUCACUUUGGAGACUUGGCCAGGGUCAGGCACAUCAUCACCUACAGCUUGUCCCCCUUUGAGCAAAGGGCCUUUGCAAACUACUUUUCCAAGGGAAUUCCCAACGUGUGGAGGCGAUUCACGUCAUCUGUAUUCAGAGUGGCACCCCCAAUGGUGGUGAUGUACUUGACCUACACCUGGGGGAACCAAGUUCACGAGCAGGGAAAGAGGAAGGACCCCAAACAGUUUGAGAAUGAUGAGUGAAGCCUGUCUUGGAUGUUCCAUCUCAUAAAUAAAGCAAACCUGCGCUUUUCUUUGUAUUUAUAUUCAUGCUGAUAUUACAGUGGUGUUGCUGCUCAUACGAUGUGGUUUCUGCAGUGUGGAGAGGAAUAAACUGAAAGACUCGCACUAUGAAUUUAAAUCAUUAACAGAACCCCAGUUAUACAAAGGUGAUCUUUACUGUACAAAAUGUCAGUAAACAAUUGUGUGACAUUUCAUUAAAAUACAAUGUGAAACA